AAUAUUGUUUUUGUGUGUGUAUGUGCGUGUAGACGAGCCAAGCUGGAGCGAGAAGGAGGGAGGGAGUCUCUGACAACACGUGGAGCGCGCUGUCAGCAGCCGGCACCGGCCCUAUCUGCAGUAAAUCGCCUCGAGAGAUCCUGGAUCUCUUCGGGCCCCAGCUGAGUCAUCGCCAGAAGCUCGAGCUGGCGGCCAUGAAACAAGUAUGGUUCUUCACUGUGGACAAGGUCGGCAAACCCCGGGGCGGCAACAACAACGACAGCUACGACGACGAAAACAACAACUACAUCCCUGUCCGCAAGGAACAGCUCAACUACCGCUAUGAGGUGCAGAAGAUGAUCGGCGAGGGAGGCCAGGGCCUGGUGCUGCAGUGCCGCGACCACAAAACCAAAACGCUCGUGGCCGUCAAGAUGCUGUCGCUGCCCUUGUGCUCCUCGACAGCGGCCCGCCAGAGGACGGAGCUGGAGGUGGCCAAGGAGCUGCAGGGCAGGGCCAGCGAUGAGCGCUACGGAGUCAUCCGGGUCCUGGACACGUUCGAAUUCCGCUGCCACAAUUGCCUCGUCGUCGAGCUCUUGAAGAAGAGCCUCUACGAUGUCAUGAGCAAAGGGAGCAUCGGGCGAAUCUACGUGAGGCGGUUGAGGGAGUACACCAGGGCCAUCCUCAACUUCCUGUUGUACGCCAAGGGGCGGGGCAUCAUCCACGGGGACAUCAAGCCGGAUAACAUUCUGCUCACCGCGGCCGGCAAAGUCAGGGUCACCGACUUCGGGUGCAGCUCCUACCUGAAGCAUAAAACCCAAAACGUGUGCGGGACGUUGCCCUACAUGGCCCCCGAGCUGCUGCUGGGCUACUAUGUCACCUGCACUGUGGACAUGUGGGCCCUGGGCUGCACCGUGGCCGAGAUGGCCACCGGCAAGGAACUCUUUGAUUCACGGACCUUCACACAACACCUGCCCUACUGCAUCGAGAUCCUGGGCAUGCCCCCGAAAAAGAUGGUGGACGAAGCACCUAACAAGACAACUUACUUUGACCCUGAGGGCCUCCCCUACAACCUGUCCAAGCAGGAGCCACCGGGAAGCCUCCCUCUGCACCGCGCGCUGCAGGGCCACCACCCUCAGCUGGUGGACUUCGUCAGCCGUUGCCUGCAGUACGAACCACACUCACCCCUCGCUCACCCCCACUCAUCCCCACACCACUCACCCCCACUCACUUACAUCCACUCACCACCCCAUACCUGUCAACACCUUAUCACUGCCCUACCUUACUACAGACACAACAUUAUUGGUCACCCCGUGACCCUUAUAAAUCUCAACGUUCAUCCUGCAAAAUCCCAUCACAAGGGACAAACAAACAAAUAGACACGAAUUAUUGUUGUUACCCAGAAUGGAAAGGGCUGCACUCCGUACGGACCUGAAAACACAAUUUCCCUGCACAAGAAUAUCUAAUAAACCGUACGGGUUGACAGCUCU